UAGUAUUUUUGUUAAUAUAGAGUUGAUUUCAUUAUGACAUUUCAAAAGUAUCAUACUUUGUUUUCAUCCUCUCAUCCCAUUCCCUCCUGUGUUCCUCCUCCCUUCAGAAUGAUUCUUCUGAUGACAUUAGGAUUGUCUAAGGGCUGGAAAAGUUCAUAAAUCUAAGAAGAAAUAGUUUCCUUAUUAGUUUGUAAUUACAAACAACUAUUUGUAUUUACAGAUAAGUCUGAAUCCUGCCCCCUCUAAAGGAGAGCAAUAUCAGUUCUGCUCACCAUUGACAUAUUAGUAAAUACUUGAAACACAGGAACUGAUAACACCCAGAAACAUUUUAAAAUGAAACCUGUGGUAUAUUCUUGAAUAUAUCUAGAGAUUUAAAAAUACUUCAGGAGAAAUGGGUUGCAGUGGAUUUAAGGGAUUGAUUCUCCUCCUGUAACUCUUGAAGUACUAAAGUGUGGCAUGUCCUGGUUUCAGAAACUUGUUUCAAAGCUUUGUGAUUUAUUAAACCAGCAAUCACCUAAAUUUCGUAAUGCUGUUACGUCAUAGCUGGAAAGUCCUUUUCUGUCCUGGUUGCUCUAACCUUAAGCUAGCUAGGUCUGCACCAUGCCCCCUCCUUUGUGGGAGGCAGUGGAGGGUAACGGAAGAACUUUGUCUUGGAGUUUGUGGAACUGCAUUCCAGCUACUAUUCUGUGGAGUGGGGUGCCUGGAGGUUUUAAGAACUUUAGCUCUCAAAAUGGGCAGAAUCUUCCUUGAUCAUAUCGGCGGUACCCGUCUGUUUUCUUGUGCAAACUGUGAUACGAUCCUGACCAACCGCUCAGAACUCAUCUCUACUCGGUUCACAGGCGCCACCGGUAGAGCGUUUCUUUUUAACAAGGUAGUUAACUUGCAGUACAGUGAAGUUCAAGAUCGGGUCAUGCUCACUGGCCGCCACAUGGUUCGAGAUGUGAGCUGCAAAAACUGCAAUAGCAAACUGGGAUGGAUCUAUGAGUUUGCUACUGAAGACAGCCAGCGUUAUAAGGAAGGCCGUGUGAUCCUGGAACGUGCACUAGUUCGAGAGAGUGAAGGCUUUGAGGAGCAUGUACCAUCUGAUAACUCUUGAAGAAAAAAGAUAAAUCCAUCUUUUCCCAGGUCUCCUUCACUGAAAACAGAAAUCUACUUACAUACACUGUCACCUUAGCAUCAGAGUCGGAUUCAUGAACUGCGGACAAGAGGGUGUGAGAAUCUGAGAUGGAACCUUUCUUUCUUUCUUUUUAAUUUUGUAUUUCCCAUCCAACAGCAGUUUGUAGAGAGAAUUUUUGCAGAUGCCGUUAAUUUUUUCCUUUUGUUUACAUCUUGAGGCAGAUGAGUCUGCAGUUAUGUGGUGGGCUAUGUGAGGGGAAACUUGGCCCCUACAGUGAAAAGGAGUGUUUUGUGUACAUUUUGCGUGGAGAAUAUGUCAAGAGCAUGGUUUUUAAAUUUAUUUGGGCUUCGUUUUAAACUUUCUUUUAAACCCAGUUAUUUCACUUAAUUUGCUAGCUUCAAGAAGAGAUCCGAAUCUGUGCCCAGCGCUGGAGGCUCAGUGUUAGUGUGGCUUGUGCUGGCCAGUGUGCCAUAUUCUUGUUGGAGAGGAACUGUAGCACCAGAACCCAUUCUUCCUUGUCAGUCCUGACCCACGAUGUCACCACCCCUAGUUACUUGUCACCAAACACGUGGUGUUGAUUGGAGAUUUCCUGAAAUGGGGCAGAACUGCUUGGCUGUCUUUCCCAUGUAACUUAAGCAUAGUAAUAUAAAUAAAGUGAUAGUUGGAUGUUUUGGUCCUGUGUUACUUCUAAAGACACCUUAUAAAAGAACAGGAGUUUGGUGAGUGAUCUUCUUAGUAGUUAGUUCUCUCACUCUUAAGCUACGUUGACUGUGUAUAAGGUAUUUGUGUAAAUGGAAGCAUACUGUUAACCCACAGUAUUGCAUUUAGAAAAGUUGAGCAGAAUGUCAGUGUGCAUCCUUGCGUAAAACAUUAAUCUGCAUCUAUUCUAAAAGAAGGGGAGAAGAUGAAAGCAGCAUAUCUAAAAAUACUGCUUCACAAAGUGUUUCAGCCUUCCCCUCAUUUGUGAGUUGACUUUGAUAAGUCUGUAGGCCCUAAUAGUUUCUUCAAAGGACUGGUCUCUCCUUAGCAUCAUUUUUCCACAUCUUCCCUUUGGAAGUUCACCAAUCACAUUUGAACUGCACUUGAUAUCUUCUAUUGGUAGAGGUCAGGUUUUGACUCAACUUAAUCCUACAUGUAUGACAUUACAAGGUAUCAGAAUAUGCUUCUUUGUCCAGUCCACUUAUAGGCAAACUGGUACUUGCUUUCGGUGGAAUAAAGGACAUUGAAAUCAGCUAGUUAUACAAAUGAACAGAUGAACAUUUGUAUGCUCAGUAUCCAGGUCGGCUAAUAAAGGAAAUUUGCCUGAGUUGAAAAAGUGAAAUCUUUCUGUCAUUGCUAUUAAAAGUGAUUUGAGUACAGUAAAGCUUCUCAUACUUGGCUUUGCACACUUGAUUAGGGGUAUAGUUGCUGAUUGAGUAGGGAUAGUAUAAUAUUCCAUUUACAGUGAGUGAACUCAACUGUCUUCAACUUGAAUGAAACCUUCAAGAUAUAAGAAUAGUAUUUGUUUCCACUGAUUUCCACACUGGCCUGUGAUGAUAUGCGGAUUCCUAGUCGCAUGCCUCACCUACAGCACCGUGUUCAUUGCUGUCAAAAUAAAGUAUAUUUUGUUGUGCA